CUUUGUGCGGCUGCAUUCCUGAUCAUCUUUGCUGCAAGCAUGUCCUCAGCCCCGAUUCCCAUUGAUCCAACAAGUGUGCAAUGGAUGAUCUUUCAGGGAUCCAACGAUGAGCUGCCAAAGUGUCUCACCAGCUGGUCGAGCCCUGCGAGUGCCGUAAAUGUUUUCUACGAUGCCAUCAUCGCAACCAAUCGAUGCGAUUGCUUUGUAGCAACUUCAACCGCACCUAGUGUCUGCGAAUACAGAACCAUCCUCCAAUCCAACAACUCUAUCAUCACCUACACUUGCGGCCAAGACACAACCUGUACCAAAAACUGUGUUUACGCUUCCUCUGUAUCGACCACUUCCAUCAAUCCAUGCGCAAAUGGAUUUACUGGCCAAUACAGCACCGCCGACUACACCAGCACCAGCAAUUGGGACUCAAGUUUCAAGACCAACUACUUCGGGUAUUACAUUUUUUCAGUCAAUGACAAUACCUGCUCGAAAGUGGUUUCCGCCAACCGUGUGCCUGUGUAUCCGACAUGCACCCUGAUUGUCACCGGUGUCUAUGGCUAUACCAUUUUCAAUCCAAACUCGGGCAACAUUGAAGGUUAUGGCUGUGGUGAUGCUGGAUGCAACACCUGUAAUAUUGCAUAUGCCAACCCACGCAGUUCAACGUGUACCAUCGACAGUGGCGACUCGAGUACAGGAUUUACGAUAUAUCGCAACGGUUUUAUUUUGAACGAUCCCAAUGUCGUGCUGCCGUCCACGUUCCCGAACCAGACAAAGCCCACUCCCACUCCAACUCCUCCGAGCCCGUCACCCACCCCCUUGGCUGCCUCCAGCAACUCCAACAUCGGCCUGAUCGGCGGGGCUGUUGCCGGUGUCGUUGUUGUGGCCGGUAUCAUUGCCGGAUAUCUUUGGAGUCGUCGUUCCAAGAAUCCCCAACCCCAGAAUCCCCCAGCUCUUGUUGUCCCAGUCAACAACCCAGCGCCCGUCGCCACCAGUGCCCCUGCUCUUCCUCCAGCAGCUGCGACCAGUCCUGCUGCCAACUUUACAUCCCAUUAUCCUAUCCAAGGCUCCGGUCAGCCCAACUAUGGCCAACCUGCUUACCCAGGGGCCGGCUAUGGCCAGUACCCGAAUGCCUACACCCAGGAUUAUCGCGCCUCGUUUGUUUCUGGCUAUGCACCUUCCCCCACUCAGGGAUAUGCUGCACCUCCCUAUGCUUCCAGCGACCACAGCGCGGCCACCAGCCCGCAAGCAAGCUAUCUUGCUCCAUCCAUGGGAUACGCCGCACAGGCUCCAAGCUUCCGAAACUCGAACUACUCCGAAUCUGCUGCGACAGCCGAAGCGCAAGGGCUGCCACAAACUAAUCCCCCUGCCGUAGCCAAGCAUAUUGUCAUUGCGGGAUACAGUCCCAAGGACUCACAGCACAUCGAUCUUCGCCUCGGCGACAUUAUCUUGAUUCAGGGUCCGUUCAUCAAUGGCGUGGCUCAGGGCUACAACCAAAACACGGGACGCUCUGGCUUGGUUCCCAAGUACUACGUUGUUGCUAUCGCUGAUAGUUCUGCUCCUGGAUCCACAUAG